CUAAAUCCAGAUAGGCCAGUAGUCCGUAAGGAUAAGGUCUUUCUCCCUCCUCUUCUCACUCUUUCAGGUGCACAGCCAUGGUUGAAGCUUCUAGAAUCUUCCAGACUACACUCUUCCCUUCCUUCUCUAUACUCCACAAGUCAUGCACACUCACUCAGUCACCAAGUUUCUUACGCAAAAAAUACUCAACAACAAUUCACUGCUCAUCAUCAGUUUCAACAAGCGACAGCGCCACGGAGAAAGCGGCAUCGGUGACCCCGAAGGUGCCGUGGGGCUGCGAAAUCGAUUCUUUGCAGAAUGCGGAGGCCCUCCAGAGAUGGCUGUCUGACUCUGGCCUACCUCCUCAGAAAAUGGCCAUACAAAAGGUGGAAGUGGGAGAGAGAGGUUUGGUUGCUUUGAAGAAUAUUAGGAAGGGUGAGAAGUUGCUCUUUGUGCCUCCCUCGCUUGUCAUCACCGCUGAUUCGGAAUGGAGCUGCCCAGAGGCUGGUGAAGUGUUGAAACAGUACUCUGUCCCAGAUUGGCCUUUACUUGCGACCUAUCUUAUUAGUGAAGCGAGUCUUCAGCAAUCUUCAAGAUGGAGCAAUUACAUCUCAGCGCUUCCUCGACAACCAUAUUCACUUUUGUACUGGACUCGGGCCGAACUAGAUAGGUUCCUGGAAGCUUCACAGAUCAGGGAGCGUGCAAUUGAAAGGAUUACCAAUGUUAUUGGAACAUAUGAUGAUUUAAGGCUUAGGAUAUUUUCCAAGUAUCCUGACCUAUUUCCUGAAGAGGUAUUCAAUAUGGAGACUUUCAAGUGGUCAUUUGGCAUUCUCUUCUCUCGCUUGGUUCGCUUGCCCUCAAUGGAUGGAAGAGUUGCCUUGGUUCCCUGGGCAGAUAUGCUUAAUCAUAGUUGUGAGGUUGAGACCUUUCUGGAUUAUGAUAAAUCGUCUAAGGGAGUUGUCUUUACAACAGAUCGACAGUACGAGCCAGGUGAGCAGGUUUUCAUAUCAUAUGGCAAGAAAUCUAAUGGAGAGCUGUUGCUAUCAUAUGGAUUUGUUCCAAGGGAAGGUACCAACCCGAGUGAUUCAGUAGAGCUGUCAUUGUCUUUGAAGAAAUCUGACAAAUGUUACAAGGAGAAGUUAGAAGCUUUAAGGAAGCAUGGUUUAUCAGCAUCUCAAUGUUUUCCUUUGCGAAUCACCGGUUGGCCAGUGGAACUAAUGGCAUACUCCUUUUUAGCAGUCAGCCCUCCAAGUAUGAGUAGACAGUUUGAAGAGAUGGCCGCAGCAGCAUCAAAUGCAACAACCAUUAGGAAGGAUAUAAGAUACCCAGAAAUUGAGGAACAGGCAUUACAGUUCAUAUUGGAUAGUUGUGAAAUGAGCAUAUCAAAGUACACCAAAUUCUUGCAGGCAAGUGGAUCAAUGGAUUUGGAUGUAACAUCUCCAAAGCAACUUAACAGAAGAUUGUUCCUGAAACAGCUAGCAGUAGACUUGUGUAACAGUGAGCGGAGAAUACUAUUCCGAGCUCAAAGUGUAUUAAGAAGAAGACUGAGGGAUAUAAGAAGUGGUGAACUGAGAGCUUUAAGAAUAUUUGAUGGGUUCAGAAAUCUUUUUAAAUAAGUUCUCGUUGGCACAUUGAUUCGCGGUUUGUGUUUCAUACGUUUAGCUAACUGAGCGACCAAGUAUAGCUGAAUUCAUAUCCAGUAUGCUCUUUCUUGGGAAUUCAGGCAGGAGCUUGUCAAGUGGAAGUAGUGGAUUUGCAGAUAUGGUUCUGCUUGUAAAGUAAAUUUGAGUGAAAUUGUUUACAGACAAUAUGAUUAGACAACAAAAUAGCUAUUUAAUUUAUGGGAUAUUGAAAUUAUGUUUGGAAAUUA